AUGAAACGCUCUCAUUCACAAAGCUAUAACAUAUCUAAUUAGCCUGGCUCUGCUUAAAAAGACAAUUUAGAUUAUUUCAAAGAGACAACAUCUCUUCGUAAAAAAUAUUUAGAGGCAUAGGCAUAAAAUGCAGAUAAACUCAAAUAAUCGAUUUCUUAAGUUUUAGAUUAUAAUGAUCCUAAAGUUAUUUAAUCUUUUGCGCAGCUCAAAGCUGCUUCUAAAGUUACGGACAUUGAUGCUAUAAAAAGUUAGAAAUUUCGCUUUAAAGGAAAAUACCCUAGUCUAACUGCAAUUAGAGCUGCCUCAACAUAAAAAGAAAGGCAAACUUUGCAGGGAUUUGAAACUAAUUACUGGUAAAAAAACACACUUAAUACAAACAGAGAAGUUCUUGCUUAGUCUAAAACUUUUGAUGAAUAAGAAGAAAGAGCACAAACUGCUCAUUUGCGAUUAUCUGGAUAAUAAAAAAAGGAUUUUGAUAAACAAAAAACCAAAUUGAGAGAAAACAUUACUCGAAUUUAGUAAGAAAUAAGAGAUGAUGAAAAUCAAGACGAAAGUGACUGCAAAAGCAACUCUAUGAUGGAUCAAAAGCAAUCAAUCGAACAGCUAAAACUCUAUAUUGAAACAUUCAGAUUGAGCUGCAAGGUUGAUUGUUCUUAUCCUUAAGAAAUGCUGUAUGUAUUAGAUAAGCUAAAGAGCUAUAUUUUUUUCCACUGGAAGUCGUCAUUAGAUUUAAAAGAGGAUAUAUUACAAAUCACAACUAAUAAACAUAUAAAGAAUUUCUUUCUGUGGGUUCAACCCUAUCAUUUUCCAUACAACGAAGUGUGUAGAAAGCUUUUAGAAGAAAUAAUAUCUCUGAAUGCAGAACAUCAAAAUUAAGUAGAAUUACUCAAAGAUAAAAUCAAAGAGCUGAACGAAGUAGGGAAUGGAAUGAAGUAGAAAUUAGAAUUAAUAAAAAAGAAUAUUAUUUAUCACAAGGAGAAGGGAAUUACUAUUUAAGGUGAUACCUCUACUUUAUUUAAAUAUGAUGCUUAUGAGGAAGAGAUCAAUCAGCUGAAGAGUGUCUAACUCAAAUUAGAGAAGCACAUCAAUACACUAAACGAAGAAAUAUUUUAAUUGAAGGAAGACAUACUCUCUAAAGAUAACAAAAUUAAAAGAUAAGAAACCUAAAUUGAGAUUUUGAAACGAAAUGUAAAGAAUUUAGAAGAAUAAAUAUAAGCCAAGGAAAAAAAUAAUGCUGAGAGAUAAAAAUUUCUAUUGCAAGAAAAAGCUAAAUUAUUGAACGAUUUAAAUCAAUUUUCUGACAAUAUCGACGAACUAUUUUAGGAAAUAAAAGAUGAAUUCAGUUAAGACUCCUUAAAACUAAAGGAUACUCCAUAAAUGGAGUUUUUUAGAAAGAUAUUUAUAACACACAAUCUCAAUUUUGAAGAUGUUUAUAGGGAUGUUCAUAAUGUCUACACCAUGUCAAGUAAGGACUUACUAAAGAAACUUGUAUAGUAUUUUUCUAGUCUGCUGGAGUGGAAAGCUGACUUAAUGAACGUUAUAAUGAGCAAUUCAGAUUUUGACAAAAAUUUAUCUUUUUAGAAUAAUUGCUAUUAGAAUCCUUCUAGUCUAUAACAUAUAGCCUAAAGUUAAAAUAAUAAAAUUUCUUCUACCUCACAGAGUUUGAAUAACAUUCAUGGCUCUUAAAAGAUAGCUAAAAAUAUGUAAUAGUAUCCUAAAGAUAAGGAGAGCGAAAGAUAGUUCUAACAUAACUAAGAAUUGAUAGAGAGAAAAAGAAUAGAAUAAUAACAAAAUUUGGUUCUAUUUUAGCUGAAAUAAAUACUUUUGAGAUAAUACACUAAUAACUGA